AUGAAAAUGAGAACAGUUAAAUUAGGCUUGAUUGGGGCGGGUGGUAUCUCGGGGGCACACUGUCGAACGCUUGCUGAGAUCGACGGUGCUGAGAUUAUCGCUGCUGCCGACCUCGUCCCUGCAAACCUGGAGCGUGCGCAAGAGCAGUGGGACAUCAAACGUACGUUUACCGAUUACAACGAAAUGCUCAAAAUGGACGAGAUUGAGGCGGUGUACGUCUGUACGCCCACUGGUGUGCAUGCGGCACCUACCGUCGCCGCGCUGAACGCUGGCAAACAUGUUUUCUGCGAGAAACCGAUGGAGGCGACGUUGGAUGCUGCCGCCUCAAUGUGGCGUGCGGCAAAAGAAAACGAUAAAAUCCUCAUGGUCGGUUUGAAACUCCGGUAUUCACCACAGGUCAUUAAAGCGAAAGAGAUUGUUGACGCUGGCACCCUUGGCGAUAUUUACUAUGUCGAAACGGUUGCAGAUCGACGACGUGGAAAUCCGGGUGGUAGCUUUAUCCGCAAGGCGACAGCCGGUUUAGGCGCGUCUGCAGACAUUGGUGUUUACGCACUGGAUACCGCUCUUUAUCUAAUGGGACAUCCCAAGCCUGUAGCGGUUUCAUGGUAUUACCUCUAA